CAAAAAGAGAUGAUAUUUUGAUAUUUUUGUUGGUUGUCUUUUCCAUGAAGGCACUAUCAUAUAUUUUAUGUGGACACUGUAGAAACAUGCAAGUAAUCCAUCUACUUGCUUCUACAUCCAUUCUCCAAACCGUGAACUCAAAUUAAAGCCAAAUUUCUGCUUUCAAUAACUUUCACAUAACUUUUCCUGUCUUUCUAUCCUCAACUUUUUAUUUUUAAGCCUUUUCUCGUGAUCAAAAUCGCCAAAAAGUACCCUUUUGUGUUUAAUCUUUACUUUCUAUGUUAGCUUUCCAUCGUUCUCGAUCUAUUAUAUGAUGGUUGGUUUCGAUCUCGUGAUUUUCGUAAUUUGAUCAUCAGUAUCUUAAGCCUUACUAACCCCAUAUAAAAUUUUCUUGUACAUUCUUCAAAUAUCCAAUUUUUUCUAGUGUUUUUCAUCAAUUUUUACAUAAAACAACUAAUCAUAUCAUGGCACCAAGUAAACUUGCAACAUCAUCAAUGGAUAACCUCCAAAGAACAAAAUCCGACAUUUCGAGUGUAUUACAACAUAUAAUGGAUCAAGGGAAUGAUGAUGAUCCUGCUUCAACCGGCCUCCCUACAUUAUCUGAAGUCGAGCUAGCAAAAUGUGAGUGUUGUGGGAUGAGUGAAGAGUGCUCGGGCGAGUACAUCGAAGAGAUGAGGAAGAAGUACUCAGGGAAGUUGAUAUGUGGAUUGUGUGCCGAGGCAGUGAAGGAAGAAAUGGAGAAGAAUGGCGGUAAGACGAGGGAGAAAGCGUUAGAAGUACAUAUGAAUGCUUGUGUAAGGUUUAAUAGACUAGGCAGGGCUUACCCUGCUUUGUAUCAAGCUGAUGAUGUGAAGAAGUUGUUGAAGAAAAGUAAUAGUGAUAAGGCUGCUAAGGGUGGUGUUCCUCCUAGGAAGGGUGGCCUCGCUCGAAGCUCGAGUUGUAUACCUGCCAUUACUAAGGAUAUGCAGGACAAAUUGAGAGUGUAAUCCAUGGAUACAUGCAUGAUUGAAGUUGUCAAGGAAUGUUAUUGUAACUUUUUUUUUGAGCAACAGGAAUGUUAUUGUAACUCUGUAAGUUAGAUUGUUGAAAUUAUGUGAUGAGAUAUUGUGUGUUGUACUCUUACUAUAGUAUUCCUUCUAUUUUGAAAUAAAUGAAUGUUGUAUGUAACUAUUUUUCAAGUAAACACAUCACUUUCAUUUUUUGAUAACUUAUGUAAUAUAC